CGCGAACAAAAUGGAAGAUAUGCUCGGCCAAGUUGCGGUGAACAGCGCAAAUUCAUAUUAGAAUCGGUCGCUUUCGAGAGAGGGUGAACCAAAGUGAAGCGAAAACGCGAACAAAUAUUAAUCAGUGCGCGCUCUGUGAACAAUCCUAAUCCGAAGUUUAAUCGAACGUGUGCGAUUGACGAGCUGAAGAAAAGUAUUCGCAUGUGCAUCAGCGUUUCGAACGCAUCCGAGCGCAUCGAAAGCCGCUUUCGACGUCGGGCACGAAGCCUAGCGAGAUAUCAGCCAUAAGCGAAAAUCGCCCGCAAACUUCGAGUGCAGACUGCGCGUGUUAACUCUUGAGAGCACGGAUUUGUCCCGGUGUAUCCUACAUAUUGUGGGCGACAAAUCGCGUGCACAAAUCGUUGGUUUUUGGGCUUUGGAAGCCCGCAAAGUUUGAAAUUAAAUUCUGAAAUCAUCCAGAGGCAGCCAUGAUGACUGACACAUUGAACUCAACCAAUCAUAUGAUUUCUUCAAUACAGAACAAAGGUGAUAUUGUUGACAAAAUGGACGACAUAGGCUGGAAAGCCCAGUUAAAGAUACCCCCAAAGGACAGAAGAGUUAAAACUACUGAUGUCACAGACACUAGGGGUAACGAAUUCGAAGAGUUCUGUUUGAAGAGAGAGCUGUUGAUGGGCAUCUUCGAAAAGGGAUGGGAGAAACCGUCCCCGAUUCAGGAGGCAUCUAUCCCGAUCGCUUUGUCAGGCAAAGAUAUACUUGCUCGAGCCAAGAACGGAACAGGAAAGACUGGUGCUUAUUGCAUCCCGGUCCUGGAACAAAUUGACCCUGAGAAAGACUGCAUCCAGGCGCUAAUCAUUGUGCCGACGCGAGAGUUGGCUCUCCAAACGUCGCAGAUUUGCAUCGAGCUGGCGAAGCACUUGAAAAUUCGCGUGAUGGUUACCACCGGCGGCACAAACCUACGCGACGACAUUAUGCGCAUCUACCAGAAGGUGCAGGUGAUCAUCGCCACGCCCGGUCGCAUCCUUGAUCUCAUGGACAAGCAGGUGGCCAAAAUGGACCACUGCCGUAUUCUCGUGCUGGAUGAGGCUGACAAGUUGCUCAGCUCCGACUUUAAGGGCAUGCUCGAUCAUGUUAUCUCGCGCCUGCCACGCGAGCGUCAGAUUCUUCUGUUCUCCGCCACGUUCCCGCUCACUGUCAAGCAGUUCAUGGAGAAGCAUCUGCGUAAUCCGUACGAGAUUAACCUCAUGGAGGAACUGACGCUGAAGGGCGUCACACAAUACUACGCUUUUGUGCAGGAGCGGCAGAAGGUGCACUGCCUCAACACGCUUUUCAGCAAGCUGAACAUCAAUCAGAGCAUCAUCUUCUGCAACAGCACGCAGCGCGUCGAAUUGCUCGCCAAGAAAAUCACCGAGCUGGGCUAUUGUUGCUAUUAUAUCCAUGCCAAGAUGGCCCAGGCGCAUAGGAACCGCGUCUUCCACGACUUCAGAGCUGGACUCUGCAGGAAUCUCGUUUGUUCAGAUCUAUUUACAAGAGGUAUUGAUGUGCAAGCCGUGAACGUUGUGAUAAAUUUCGAUUUCCCGAAAAUGGCCGAAACCUACCUUCACCGUAUCGGUCGAUCUGGUCGCUUUGGGCACCUCGGUAUCGCCAUCAAUCUAAUCACUUACGAGGACCGCUUCGCUCUGCACCGCAUCGAGCAGGAGCUGGGCACGGAGAUCAAGCCGAUCCCUAAGGUGAUCGACCCGGCCCUGUACGUCCCCAGCAUGGACGAUGAUCAGAACAACGACGAUCUGUUGAAAUAGACGCGCACGCACCGGCGAAGUGUUCGCGCUCGAUUAAAAACUUGUACAUAGUGAACUAAUUUUGUGUGGGAACUAAAAGUUAUAUAUUAUAAAAGAACCGAACAAUUGCGGCGGCAAACGUAGCGAAAUGAAAACGUCAUUAGACGCGGCGCGAACGGAACGAGACGAAAAAACGAACGCAAAUCAAGAAAGAGAAGGAAAAUGAGGAUGGUCACUUAUGUUUUAUGUUUUAUUUUAAUUUAAUAUUUUUUGUUUCGUUCUCGGACAAUUUCGUUGACGCGACUUCUUUCGGCUAUGUCCACCCGCGGCGAACCGCCACCUGGGCUUUUGUUAUGCAUUAGUUCAAUGCAGAACAAUAACUACAAAAGGUAAAAAAUGGUAAAACAAAUAACAGGCAGAUGGAAAUAUCGCACGCACAGACAGACACACACACACCACACUUAACGAGUGCGAGCAGAAAAAUCGAGAUGUGCGCAGUAUUAGAAAAUAUUUCCGCAUAUUCUUUAUAUAUUUAUAUAAACUAUACAAGAGAAGUAACAAAACAACCUAAAAAUUUAUCUUCAGUGGAUUAAUGCCAAAAUUUCAGAACGCAUAAAAACUUGUACAUAGAAAAACCACAUUGAAUAACUUAAGUGAAAAGGACAAAAGAAGUGACAAUGUUUAAAAGUUUUCGUUUUUUGUAACAUGUUUAAUUUGGAUUUGCAAUACUUAGCCGGGGAACACACCGCAUACGAAUUAUUAUUUAUUUUCCAAUUUGAAUACGACGAGCCACUUACAAAAACGGAAAAUGUAAGCAAAGCAAACCUAACAAAACGUUCGUUUCUUUUGAAUGAUCAUUCAAUGAACUAAAUUUUCAAGAAUGCUGGUUAAUUUUUUCGAUUAAAAAUAAUGUAAAACUUCACUUCUCUCUUGAGAAUGGUCGGACUUGCGCGGCGCGCGCCUAACCACCACACACUACACCGUACACAUUUGGUAUUUAUUUUCUCAUUUCUUCAGAAUAAUCGUGGCGCACAAUGCAACAAAGCGCAAGUCCAACACGCGGUAACAUCUAGGCUCCUGCGCGAGCUGUAUAUCUACAAACUAGUAGUUUGUAUGAAUUUGUGAUACAAAUCGACAAAGAAUUUCGAAAAUUUUUUGUACUGUUCAAGAUUUGAUUACGUUACGGUCAGAAUAACAUCCGGGAUGAAUUUUGUAUAACAUCGAGAAUCUCCAAUAACGUAAUCAAAUAGUGAAACAUUCCAAUUCAAUCAAAUGUCAUUUGUCAUCAAUCAAUGUAAAAUUAUGUAGUAAGUAAGCAAAGUGAGAAUGACACCGACGAUGGAAUUGUGAUAGUGCUUAACGAGCGAACACGCUAACUCAAAAAAUACUGUGAAUUAUGUUAAAAAUAGUGAAACGUGAAAAUUUUUAAAAGAAAAUGCGGGAACUAUGUUGCCCGAACAAAUUGAUGAAGAUAUGCGUAGGAAAGGAAGAACAAGUGCGAACUCGUUUGGGCAACUGUCGAUGAUGUCCAUCAAACGACUCGAGAUUAACAACUUGCUUAGCUUAUGAAUACAUUCUUACGUAACAACAUUUAUUGUACUGAUAGGAAGGAGAUUCUCAAAAUGACGCAGAAUCGGAAGGCGUCUGCGCUUAUUUACGCAAUGAGUCAUUGCAUGACUAAAUUGAAUGCCUUUCAAAACACGUUUGGAGGUUUGAGUUGUUCAAUUCAACUGAAAAUCUUGUUGCGCAUUGAAUGCGCAAGCCUUCAAACAAAUACCUGCUGCGCUUCCGACUUGCAUGGUAUCACUGGAACAGAUUUAGGGGUUUUAUCGAAAUUUCUACUACAAACGCUUUAAUUGAACACAAUCGUGAAAGCAGCAGGUAUUCAAUAGACCUUGAAAAAUUGUGAUAAAUUCUGAUAUCAUUUUGUUGAAAUGUUCAAACAAAUCAUAUUCAUAGUGCCGAUACUGACUGCACAGAACGUCAGCGGCAGUUUUAUUUCGCAGAAAAUGGCCGUAAAAAUAAUUGACGCGUAAUUUUGACCGACGGUCGGCCAGUACUUAAAAGAAAUCAUUUGGGGGGACUUGCAAACACACAAAACACACACUGCAAAAGCAUUAUCGUAACAUUAUUUUAAUUCUUUUUAGUACAACAUGCGCGCAAAAUGCAAUAAAUUGUUUGUAAGGGUUUCCAUGAGUUUCAAUCGAGACUCACGGGGAUCUAACACGCGAUCUUUUAAUUUUGUAAGCAAAAAAAAGAACACCGGAAUACUUAAAUAGUCUGGAUUAAGUAAUUUUCAAAUUUAUAAAACAAAAAACAUUUUCGUUUAUUUUCAAAUACUCUGUUCAUUUCAUUUAUUCAGAAUAAACAAAACAAUCUGCAAAAUAA